AUGGAAAUCGAUAAAAGACGGCAAGAUGGCUCAUGCUUCUAUUGUGGAGAGAAAGGGCACAGAAUUACAGAAUGCCCAAUAAGACCUCCUAAACAUGCUGUGGUCACUGAAACCAAGAAAAGGGCUACAGAAAGAAGCACUCCUCCAUGCAAGGAUACAAAACACGGUACGUCUAAUCUAUAUAAAAAAGACAUACUUUUUCUCUCCCAGAUGAUUCCUUAGCAUACUAUGAUACAGAAAAGGGAUCAGAAAAAAUGCACUGUGAUGCUCCACCUUCAGAUAACAGUCCUUCAGAAGAUGAAGUCAUGAGUGAAUGUCUUGAACCUAUGGUGACUACGGUGACUACAAUUCCCAUCAGCCGCUCUGCAGGAAAAAAUACUGCAAAACCUCGUUAUGGUGCUCCUGGUCUCAUAAAAGCCAGUGAUGGUAUUAUAUUAUCUAUAGAGAAACUCACCAAACAUGAAAGAUAUCUGGCAGAAAAGAGGUUUGUGGAAGCUAAUCCCCUGGAGCUGACCUUCAAACAUGAUUCUACCUCCACUCCUGAUCAACCAGCUACCAUGGGUACAAUUAUUACUGAAUCUGAACAAACCAUUUCUACUCCACAUAUUAAUGGAAAAGAAAAUGCCAUGGCUGAAGAACUAUCACCUAACCGUGUAAGAGCCUCAAACGGUACGAUAGUACGACGUGAAGACCUAGCCAUAUUCGAGAAAGCCCUAAAAGACAGAAAAAUGGAAAAAAAAAUUAUUCCUUUAACUCUGAUUUCUUCUCUUUCAACCGGACUGUAUACAAAACUAUGA